AAUUUCUAUUGAAUUUCUAGGUAUGCUUUUUUUGUAGUGCCAAAAAUCCGACAUGGGCAUCGGUUACAUACGGUAUUUUUCUCUGCAUGGAUUGUUCAGCCACUCAUCGGAGCCUCGGUGUUCAUAUCAGCUUCGUCAAAUCAACGAAUUUAGACUCAUGGAGCCCUGAGCAACUUAGGGCAAUGAUGUUUGGUGGGAACUACCGCGCUCAGGUGUUCUUCAAGCAACAUGGAUGGACGGACAAUGGCAAUAUCGAGUCUAAGUACACUUCAAGAGCUGCUGAUUUGUAUAGGCAGAUUCUUGCUAAGGAAGUUGCUAAAGCCAUCGCACAAGAUACUACCACUGAUCUACCAAAAGUAUCUCCUGGGGUUUCUUCUUAUUCUGUCAAGGAAGAGUUACCUCCCAAAGAAACUUCUUCUGUGAUACAUGAAGCUACCAGUGCCACUUCUUCGCCUAAAGCUUCUAAUGAAUUUUUGCCUAGUACGUUUACGAAACCUAUCAUUGCUAAGAGGACAGGAAAAACUGGUGGUCUUGGUGCAAGGAAGCUUACUACUAAGCCAAAGGAAAAUCAUUAUGAGCAGACCCCGGAAGAGUCUUCACUGCUUAUUCCUGCAGCAUCUUCAGCUAUUAACCGCGGAAUCAAAUCAUCAGCGGCUUUUUCAUCUGCCUCUCAGUUUGAGAACAAUGACGCCUUGCAAUCCGGAGGACAAAGCGGUGGUGGUACACAAGUUCUUAGCCAUGUUGCUCCACCAAAGUCAUCAUCAAGCUUCUUAGCAGAUUCGGGAAUGGACCGCCCGUCGAUAGCUGAAGUUCUUAGCCGUGUUCCUCCAUCAAAGUUACCAUUAAGCUUCUUUUAUUUUACGGGAACGGACAUGAGUUGUUUCGCCAAGAAAUCAAGCUCCAGCUCGUCAGAAGUUCAAGUUGAAGAAUCAGAUGAAGCAAGAAAGAGGUUCUCAAACGCAAAGUCCAUUUCUUCUGCUCAGUUUUUUGGAGAUGAGAUGAAAUCUGCUGGUCGUGAUGAAUCAGAAACUACCCUUGAGGGGAAGAAUGAUUUCUGGUCGUUAGUGAACAAAGCAGCAUGCGAAGUGAAGGAGAAGCUCUUGUCGAAAUCGAAUCAUCAUCAAGAUAAAGUGAAUGACCUCCGUAGGGAAGUGACAAUCUUGAUGGAGAUACUUCAUGCCCAAGAUGCUGAUGCCAUCCCUCUUGUAACCCGGCAGAAUUGGGCUCACUUACUGUGUACAGAAGCCGGUAUGCUUGGUCGUCAACACACAGAUUGCCCCAUACUUAGAAGUGCUCAAAACGAUGCGGGUAACUUACUGCGGGAGUUAAUUGGGUCGAAAGGGUCAAUUAUGAUAUAAACAACAUGUAAAGUUGUCUCAAGUCGAAUUUGUAACUCUUGUUUAGAUCUCCAAACAUGUUAAGUUGUCGAACUUUUGUAUCCGAAGUUUGGUCGACGACCAGAAAAUCACCUUCAACAGAACAGUCUAUAUUUAAUAAAACGUCAAUGUAUAAAUAACAAUCUCA